UUCCUACACAGACAGCAUAAUAGACGUCAAAUUGGUUCGAAGGAGCUUGUAAGAGCCUCUAAUUAUAACAACGUCGACAUUUGGCCGAUCUGACUACUACGCGUCAACUUGAGCGAUCUCGAACACCCAUAAACUUUGCGCUGCCCACGAAUUGACCAGUGUCUGGGCUGGCGGGCUCGAAUAGCCACGUCUUUGAAUUUCCGCGCUUCCUAGAUCCCACCCUGACCCUGACCAACAGCAACAAUGCGCUUGGACGUUAAGAGACAACUGUUCGCGCGAUCCGAGAGAGUCAAAGGCAUAGACUUUCACCCCACGGAACCAUGGAUCCUUACGACACUAUAUAGUGGACAUGUGUAUAUCUGGUCGUACGAAACGCAGGCUAUUGUCAAAACUUUCGAACUCACCGAUGUACCGGUGCGAGCUGGUCGCUUCAUUGCGCGAAAGAAUUGGAUAGUAUGCGGUUCCGACGAUUUUCAGCUCCGCGUAUACAACUACAACACCUCAGAGAAGAUCACCUCGUUCGAAGCACAUCCCGACUAUAUCCGUGCAAUAGUAGUCCAUCCCUCACAGCCAUUUGUGCUCACUGCCUCCGAUGAUAUGACCAUCAAGCUCUGGGAUUGGGAUAAGAGUUGGAAGUGUGUACAGGUGUUCGAAGGACACAGCCAUUACGUUAUGGGCCUAGCCAUAAACCCAAAGGACACCAACACAUUUGCGUCGGCAUGUUUGGACAGGACGGUCAAGAUCUGGAGCCUGGGUUCAAGCACGCCAAACUUUACUCUGGAAGCACAUGAGACCAAGGGCGUAAACCAUGUCGACUACUAUCCUCAAUCUGACAAGCCUUACCUCUUGACAACUUCUGACGACCGCACGGUGAAGAUCUGGGACUAUACUACUAAGGCCUUGAUUGCAACACUGGAGGGGCAUUCUAGCAAUGUUUCAUUUGCUUGUUACCACCCAGAGCUGCCCGUGAUUAUUUCCGGUUCCGAGGAUGGCACCGUCAAGAUAUGGCACGCAAAUACCUACCGUCUGGAACAAUCUUUGAAUUAUGGCCUAGAAAGAGCUUGGUGUGUGAGUUAUCAAAGAGGAAAGCAAGGUAUUGCGGUCGGAUUUGACGAUGGUGCGGUCGUCGUAAAAAUGGGUCGUGAGGAGCCGGCUGUAUCGAUGGAUAGCUCAGGCAAGCUGAUCUGGGCGAAGCACACCGAAAUCCUGUCCUCGGUGAUCAAGGGAACAGAUAAGAGCCUCAAAGAUGGCGACCGUCUCACUAUCCCCUCCAAGGACCUCGGAUCAACUGAGAUCUACCCCCAAUCCCUUCUCCACUCUCCCAAUGGAAGAUUUGUUGCUGUUUGUGGGGAUGGUGAGUAUAUCAUCUACACAGCCCUUGCGCUGCGCAAUCAAGCUUUUGGAUCUGCCCUAGACUUUGCCUGGGCCUCCAAAGAGAAUGACAAGGAUUAUGCUAUCAGAGAAUCGCCGACUAGUGUCAAGAUUUUCCGCAACUUCAAGGAGCGAAGCACGGGAUUAAACGUCACAUUCUCUGCCGACGGCUUGAGUGGGGGCAUUCUUCUUGGUGUGAAGGGUGCCGGAGGUAUCAGUCUUUAUGACUGGGAGUCUGGCCAGCUCGUACGAAGAAUAGAGGUUGAUCCACGAAAUGUCUACUGGUCCGAGAGCGGAGAGCUAGUGACACUUGCUUGUGACGAUAACUACUACGUCCUCCGAUUCUCGAGGGAAGCUUACAUUGCCGGCUACAACGCUGGCGAGGCGGAUGAUGAAGGCGUAGAGUCGGCCUUCGAGGUCAUUGCAGAGGUCUCCGAGACUGUGCGCACCGGUCAAUGGGUUGGCGACUGCUUCGUCUACACAAACAGUACUAACCGUCUGAAUUACCUUGUGGGCGAUCAAACUUACACUAUUUCACACUUCGACGAUGCUAUGUAUGUUCUUGGCUAUUUACCUCGUGACGGCCGGAUAUACAUUGCCGAUAAAGACGUAAAUGUGGCUUCCUACGCCCUCUCGCUCUCAGUUGUCGAGUAUCAAACGCUUGUCCUCCGUGGUGAGCUCGAGGCGGCCAACGAAAUGCUUCCGGAUAUUCCGAGUGAUCAAAAGAACAAGAUUGCUCGCUUCCUUGAAGGCCAAGGCUAUAAAGAGCUUGCACUUGAGGUAGCCACUGAUUCUGAGCACCGAUUCGAUCUUGCCUUGUCACUUCAACGUCUGGACGUCGCUCUCGAGCUUGCACGUGAAGCCAACGUAGAGCACAAGUGGAAGACGGUCGGCGAUGCCGCGCUUACAGGGUGGGACGUCGCACUCGCAUCUGAAUGUUUCACGAAUGCGAAAGAUCUUGGAUCGCUACUGCUUCUUCAUACCGCAACAUCAAACGUUGAAGGACUGCGCGCGCUUGCUGAGCAAGCAGAUUCAGCAUCCGCCAACAACGUUGCCUUCUCCUGUCUCUGGCAGAUUGGCGAUCUCGACGGCUGCAUCGAUCUACUGAUCCGCACGAAGCGUAUCGCGGAAGCGGUGAUGUUUGCGCAGACAUACAAGCCGAGUAGAGCUGCUUCGCUUGUCAAGACAUGGAAGGAGGGACUAGAGAAAGAUGGCAAGGCGAAGGUGGCACGCCUGCUGGGAGUACCACCGUCGAGUGAAGAAGGGGAGGGAGACGAGGAGAUGUUCCCGGAAUGGGACGAGUGGUUGAGACUGGAAAAAGAGGGCGGUACGGCUGUGGAUGUUGUCCCUGAGGAUGAUGGCGAACUUGACGACGCAGAGGUUGCUGUUGAUGCUGGAGAGGUGGAGGAGGAAGAGGAUGCAGAGGCGGAGGAGUAGGCAUGCAGUAAAAUAGUCUUCGUCAUCCCUCGUCCUAGAACUCGCACAUGAACGAGAUAAAUAUGAUGAUGAUAAUAAUAUCAUCAUAAAUAUAGGCCAAGGUAUACUUGACAUUUGAUGCCAUAAUGGUUAGACGCGGAGGUCAUGCCGGCGCAGGGGGUCGUUGAUAGACCCAGAAAGUGAAUCAUCCAUUCUCUCGAGCUAAUGCCUCAUAACUUCUAGCAUGAUUCAAGA